CAUCUGCAAGAUACGGCUCCUCCAGUGAAUAAAAAAUUCCAAGAGAACUUAACAACCCAUUGGGAUGCUGGAUCACGUAUCAUACUUUGCCACGGUGCCACUAGUCUCAAAAUUCGUCAACUGCUAAAUACCCCUACAUCACCCCCAAACUAAGGUUAUUUUCGUCAUUCCAUCGCUAUAGUUUCAAGUUUCAACCAUCACUUCCCUCUUCUCCUUUUUCCUCCUCGCUACUCCGGCGAGCGGCAUAAAUUGCGGCCACCAUGUAUCGCCGUCAGUACCCUUUUCUUGGUUUUAGUCAGAACCAUUAGUCAAUCUUUCUUCUUUCUUGAUCAUUUCAGAAUCGUCCAUUUCCUAGCAAAAUCAAGAAAGAAAUAGAGAGAGAGAGAGAGACGAAGAUGGAGACGAAGAUUCUAGAGAUCAACUUGAUCUCUGCCCAAAGUCUAAAGCCGCCAUCUGCUAACCUACGCCGGUUGCAAACGUAUGCAGUGGUUUGGGUCGAUUCCUCCACCAAGCUCCGAACCCGAAUCGACCGAGUCGGCGGCGAGAACCCGACUUGGAACGACAAGUUCCUCUUCAAAGUCACUCCUGAAUUCCUUUCUAGCGAGACCUCCGGUGUUUCAUUUGAAAUCUAUGCCGUCGGUUGCCUCCGUGAUCCACUCCUCGGCACCGUCCGUUUCUUUAUCAGCAACAUCCCAGUCUUUUCCCCCACCAAAGAAAUGAGAACUCCCUCCUUCAUUGCUCUACAGAUUCGUCGUCCGUCUGGAAGAUUCCAAGGGGUGCUCAACAUCGGUGCUAUCAUCAACGACGGCUCUGAUUUCGCGACCCUAAAUGGAGCAUCGGCUAUUGGUUAUCGUGAUCUUAUGGGGGAGAGUAUUCAUCAUCUGCGGCAUCGUGAUUUAAAGAAGUCGAUUUCGAUGGAAGAGGAUACACACGGCGAAAAUUCUUGUGGAGAUUCGGGAGAUUUCUCUGAUGGUGCCGACUCCACGACUUCUUCAUCUUCAGCUGCUUCAACGGCAUUGAAGGACUGGAACGGACUUAGAGAUUUGGCGGGAACGAAUCAUUUGAGGUCAUCAUCGGACGAUGGAGGGCUGUUUUGUGGGUUGCUGUUGCAGAGAAGGCUUCCUACGUGCUUUUCUGCACAGAAUCUUCAGUUUUUGAAAGAUUGAUGAUAUUUGGCGUUGGAGUCAUCAUUGACCGUCAGAUCAGUAGUUUGUGAUUUGACCAUGAUGGAGUUAGUGUAACUGGUCAUCGGUGGAGAUCAUCUCUCCUCUCUGGUCCUCUCAUUCUGCAUGUAGGUGGGUGUGCUUGAUUUUGAUUUUUUAAGCUGUUGCUCUACUCAGAUCGUAUACAGUAGGGAAGAAAUAGAAGGUAAACAGUAUCAUUGAAUUUUAAGUUAGGGAAUUGGCCUAUGAAAUUAAGGGUGAGCUCUCCUGGAA